AUGCCAUAUGCAUUACAAGAAAAAGUAGAGAAGGAACUUGAAAGACUGGAGACUUUGAGUAUAAUCACUCGUGUCGAAUCAUCCGAUUGGGGUACACCCAUUGUGCCGGUUGUCAAACCCAAUGGUUCAGUCAGAAUAUGUGCUGACUACAAGGUGACUUUGAACAAAGUUAUUAAAGACGAACAUUACCCUAUACCUCGGAUUGAUGAUAUCAUGCCAAAGAUGCAUUGUGGAAAGAUAUUUUGUACUCUUGAUAUCAGUAACGCAUACUUGCACAUGGAGAUGGACGAAGACAGUGCCACCAUGCAAACGAUCAGUACUCAUAAAGGGCUGUUUAAAGUGAACAGAUUAAUGUUUGGAGUAAAAGUGGCACCCUUGUUAUGGCAAAGAUUCAUGGACAAAACAUUACAUAACUUAGAAGGCGUACAAUGUUUCUUUGACGACGUAAUUGUCCAAGGAUCUAACAGGGAACAGCUUCUUCGCCGACUGGAACAGGUGUUUGAACGAUUGAAGUUAAAUGAUUUGAGGUUAAAUAGAGAGAAGUGUAAGUUUUUCCAGAACAAAAUUGAGUACUUAGGUCAUGUGAUUGAUAGCAAAGGACUACACAAGUCAGAUGCUAAAAUACAGAGUAUUUUAAAAUGUAAAAGACCAGAGAACCAAAGACCUUACCAACAAUCACGGAUAUUCAACUAUGCUCACUUUCUCUCCGGGUUCGACUAUGACAUAGAGUACAGACAAACGGCUCAUCAUUGCAAUGCAGAUUAUCUCUCUCGAUUCCCUAUCGAAGUUGUACAAGAACAUUCUGUAGACGACCUCUCGAAGUACUACAUAAAUCAACUGGAAACACUCAAUAUCAACAGUACCGUGGUAGCUAAGGAAACUCUCAACGAUGCUGUUUUGGGUCCAGUCCUACAGGCCUUGAAAUCGGGACAAUCUGUUGAACAAUACGGAUUUCACGAUAACGAGCUGUCCAUUCAAGAUGAUUGUGUACUGAAGGGCUGGAGAGUCAUGAUACCUCAAUCUCUCAGACCUCAUGUGCUUCGAGAACUACACGUAGCUCAUUUAGGAGGAAUAAAAAUGAAGGCUUUAGCUCGCAGUUUUUGA